CAAAGCACUGUGUGCCACUUUAGGUUAAAACAAUAUAAUUAACGUUGAUGUGGCUGAUUUUAUACGUAUAGUGAUAUAUUUAGUAGUUGAAAUAAUUAUUUUUCUGAAUUCAAUUGAAGUCAUGUAUUUUUUAAGUUGUAUUUUAGUUUUUCUGUGCAGGCAGUGUCAGGCGAAGUUUGGACAGUUUACCAGAAGUAAAUAUGAAUUUAGUCUCAGCGGCGCAACAGAAUAAGAAAUAAUCUGUUCUUUAGGGAAUAUGGACCGUUUUUCGUGGUCAAGCGGACUCUUGGAAAUAAACGAAACCUUAGUAAUUCAACAACGAGGUGUGAGACUGUAUGACGGCGAUGAUAAGGCCAAGCUGGAUGUUGGAGCCGCCUUGCUGAGUACCCAUCGGCUGAUCUGGAGGGACGUUAAAAAUCAUGAAUGCUGCCUAGCUAUGCCCUUGUCACAGAUCAUCUACUUUGAAGAACAGGCUGCAGGAAUAGGGAAGAGUGCAAAAAUAAUUAUUUACCUGCAUCCAACACCUGCCAAUAAGGAGCCAGGUCCUUACCAACACAGCAAGUACUCCUACAUUAAGCUGUCCUUUAAAGAACAUGGACAGAUUGAGUUUUACAGGAGGCUAACGGAAGAAAUGACUCAAAAGAGAUGGGAGAGCACACCUGUUUCACAGCCCAUCCCCACAGGAUCUGCCACUCAGACAGGAAAGACCCGUGCAGUGGGGAUUGUCGGCAUCGAGAGGAAGAUAGAGGAGAGGAGGAAAGAAACAGACAAAAACAUUUCAGAGGCCUUUGAGGACCUCAGUAAGCUGAUGGUCAAGGCUAAGGAGAUGGUGGAGCUGUCCAGAUCUAUAGCCAACAAGAUCAAAGACAAGCAGGGAGACAUAACCGAAGACGAGACGAUCCGUUUUAAGUCCUACCUCCUGAGCAUGGGUAUUGCUAACCCCGUUACAAGGGAAACACAUGGAUCGGGCACACAUUACCACUUGCAACUGGCUAAGCAACUGGGAGACAUGCUGCAGGCCCCUCUGGAGGAGCGUGGCGGCAUGAUGGCUCUCACUGAGGUUUACUGUCUGGUCAACCGUGCGCGAGGGAUGGAGCUUUUAUCUCCAGAAGAUUUGCUAAAUGCCUGCAAGAUGUUUGAGUCACUGAAGCUCCCAGUGAGGAUGCGUGUGUUUGAUAGUGGUGUGAUGGUGGUGCAGCUGCAGUCUCACAGUGAAGAGGAAAUGAUAGCCUCAGCACUUGACAGUGUGACAGAUAAAGGUUCCUUGACUGCAGAGGAGUUUGCAAAGCUCUUGGGUCUUUCUGUUCUUCUGUCUAAAGAACGGUUGUUGCUGGCUGAGAAGAUGGGUCACCUGUGUCGAGACGACUCCGUGGAGGGUCUGAGAUUCUACCCUAACCUCUUUGAGUAGAGUGUCGGCUCUUCUUUGUGCUACACUGAGAUAAAAUACAUAUUCACUGUUGAUACUGCCUGGUGCUUUUAUGUCUUUUAGAAUAAUAAUAAUCUGCAAACACUAUUUGUAGAAAAGUGUUCCCAGAUAAUCUCCACUUUACAUGACUUUAAUAAUGACCAGGUUUACUGAAAGAUCAUACAAGACCUUUUUAAAAUCAAAUGUAAAGGAACAGCCUUGCUCUUGUGUCUUAUAAAGAGGACACUUAUCAAGAUGCCCUUGUUUCAGUGAAUAUCCUCAACUCUCCUGACAUUUUUGUCUCAUAUACUAUAAAACACGACUCUUGUCCUUUCUCCAGUCAAAGUUAAGCCUUUGAUCCACUGAGUUUAUUUUAAAGUAUAAUAUACAGCGGGCACUUAACCAGAAUUCAUUCUUCACCUAAUUAAUCCCUUCAUUGUUGAGGAUUGUUGUUCCAGUUGUUACUGUUUUGAAUCCAGACUGAAAGGUGAGCACUGUCCGGCUGUACUUGUAAAUCUAUUCUAAUUCAUUAAAAGAACAAUGGGUAGACA